AUGUCUUCGUCGCCCACGCAUGGUAGAGGCACGGCCGCUGAGCAGGGAGCUAGGAUCAGAGCGCAGAUGGCAGCUAGAUCAUCCACAGCAUCCAGUCCCACCUCUUCUCCCGCCCACUCUCGCGCUGGCUCAAAGUCUCAUUCUCGAUCUGCUUCCCAAUCCCAGAAUCCAGCAGAGGCGCCGUCAAGCGCGAGGAUUUCUCAAAGAGUCUCCAAGCCCGUCGAGCAGAAAGUUGAGCAGCCACCUGUUCAGGAAAAGCCGAGAGAGAGCGAUUCGGCCGAGCAGCGACCUCCUCCACCACAGGCAAAGACCAGCGAUGAAAAGACUGUUGCAGACAAUGCUACCGAUGCACCAAAGUCGGCAGAGAAAGACGCAGAAAAGACUGCAGCAGGUGCUGCUGUAGGCGCUGGUGCACUCGCUGGUGCAGGCGCAGCUGCGGUCACAUCCAGCAGUGAAAAGGGUCGCCAAACUUCCUCCCAUCCGCUCGACCCUCGCGGCAGGGUCAUUCCAUUCACGGGCAUCGACAACCUUGCUUUGCUGAUGGAGAAUGACGGAUACUCCACCGCUUGCUACUCCAUGUACCUCUUCAAGACGGUCAUCGACGACGAGACGAUUUUUCAAUUCUUUGAGAAGCUGGCGGAUAGCUAUCCCAAGUACAGGUACCGCAUCGAGCUGAGUCCCUGGAAAGCAAGCUCUGAUGAGCGAGCGCGCAGAAAAGCCGAGAAGAGGGGCGAAAUCGUAGCGAGGAAGACGCCGACAGAACAGGAGAAGAGGGGCAGACGAUCGCACGUCAGCGGCGGUAUCAAGGCGGGCGGUCUGUUCAGACCUGCCAGAUGGGUGUACGAUGACCACUUUGAGACGCGCGAUAACAUCACCUUUCUUGACUCGUUGCCUGGCGGCGCGAAGGACGAGAAGGCGCUUUUCGAUCAGGCGGGCAAGUUCCUUGGCCAGCAUUUCGACUUUGCAAAACCUGUCUGGCAUGCUCUAGUUGUGCGAGGUAUCGAAACUUCGGAAGGGGCAAAAUCUGCGCUGAUCGUCAAGGUGCACCACUGCUUCUCGGACGGUCAAGGUAUGAUCAUGUCCUACCACUCUGCACUCGGUGCGAUGCAGAUGGAUAAGCCAGUGUCCGAGGUACAAGCGUACUUUGACCGAAAGACUGGCAGCGGCAAGGUCAAGAAGCCGGGUCAGCGAAACAUCAAGCCUUCGAUUUGGGGCACAACAAAGCAUGGCUUCCACACUGCUCGUGGCCUGUGGAUGCGCUCCAGAAAAGUCUUUGAGUAUGGGAAGCCUGCAAAUGCUGCAGGACCUGGUAAUCGUGCACCCAACCGCCUGUACUACCAUUCGGACGGCAUUGCCAUGUCGGACAUCAAAUUGAUUCGAAAGGCUUUUUCGAACGAUAAAGUAAACCUCAGCCUCAACGACGUGGCUUGCGGCAUCUUGUCCCGCGCUCUGAGACUGGCGGCUGAUCGUACAGAGCCAAAGCCAGUCAAGGACAAACGCACAGCAGUGUUCAUUCCCAUCUCUGUCAGACCGCAAGGCAAUUGGUCGCUCAACAAUUUUACCACUGGCGCAGUGGCAUGGUUCGCCUUUUACGAUCCAAAGGACAAGUCGUUCGACGCGCAGCUUCAACAAGUCCACCGAGAGAUGAACAGGAUCAAGCGGAGCUGGUGGCCUCGCAUUUGGUUUUCAUCUUUCGGAACAGCUUCCAAGCAUCGCAUCUUUUACCUUCCAAACUACUUUGGUCUGGGAUGGGCGUUCGAGAAGACUUAUAGAGAGUACCACGUCGCUACCAACGUACCUGGACCCCCCAAACCCGUCGAGUUCGGCCAACACAAGGCCUUUUCCUAUCACGUCCUGCCGCCUUCGAGUCCGGGAAAGAGCAGCUUGUCGUGCGGCAUGAUUUCCUAUGCCGACGAUUUCAGCUUGGCUGUCAGCUGCGACGAUGCGCCCGAACUCAGAAAGAAUAGGCUGCCAGAAGAGAUUUGCAGAGCUUUCCAAGACGCUAGCAAGGAGCUCAUCGAGGCUGCUAAGGAGAAGCUUGGCACGGCUGGCGGGUUCGCUCAUGAACAGGAAGCUGCCGCUGUCAGCUCUGAGUGA